UUUAAGCGUUUUAUUUUCUCUCCACAAUCUAUCGUGUUUGAACUCAGACUUGUCAUGGGCAUAUUCGGGUUCUUUGAAUGCGUAACACCAAACCCAGACGUUGUGAUGAUGCUCCAAUGCGUUUCUAGAGAAAACUAUUCACCCACCCAGAUGUGCCCUCUGCAGUCACCUUGCAGCGUGCAUCAUGGCGGUGAACGGCACAGCAGACAUAUUAAGCUCUGCCUAUCUGGCAGUGGAGUAUGUGGACGCUGUGCUUCCAGGAAACCCCCUUCAGCCCUCUCUGAAACACGCCUGGAGCUACAUGCUGGACAACUACACCAAGUUCCAGAUUGCUACAUGGGGGUCGCUCAUUGUCCAUGAGUUAAUCUAUUUUCUGUUCUGUUUGCCCGGCUUCAUCUUUCAGUUUUUACCCUUUAUGCAAAAAUACAAAAUCCAACAGGAUAAGCCAGAGACGUGGGAGAAACAAUGGAGAUGCUUCAAAAUGCUGCUGUUCAACCAUUUUUUCAUCCAGUUUCCUCUAAUUUGUGGGACGUACUACUUCACUGAGUUCUUCAGCAUCCCCUACGACUGGGACUCAAUGCCACGCUGGACUUCUCUCCUGGCUCGGUGCUUUGGCUGUGCCGUCGUCGAGGACACGUGGCAUUACUUCCUUCAUCGCCUGCUGCACCACAGACGGAUCUAUAAAUAUAUCCACAAAGUCCACCACGAGUUCACUUCUCCCUUCGGCAUGCAGGCAGAGUACGCUCAUCCUGCUGAGACCAUCAUCCUCGGAGCUGGAUUUUUCAUUGGCAUAAUGAUGUUCUGUAACCACGUCUUCUUCCUUUGGGCCUGGGUGGCUUUCCGUCUGCUGGAGACCAUUGAUGUUCACAGUGGUUACGACAUCCCUCUUAACCCGCUCCACUUGAUCCCGUUCUACGCCGGAGCCCGCUUUCACGAUUUCCACCACAUGAACUUUGUUGGGAACUAUGCCUCCACCUUCACCUGGUGGGAUAAAGUUCUGAGCACUGACAGUCAGUACAACAAGCACAUGCAGAAGGAAGGAGAGAAGAAGGAGCAGUAAACAGCAGAGCCUCUACCCACACCGGGUCUUCAGCCGAGAGGAACAGAACUCUGACCGUAAAGAUGCAGAUCCAGGCCUUAUUCUGAGUCGAGCUGAAAGUUGACUUCAGUGUGCCUUAAUAAAUAAAUAAAUAUGUCCGGUGUUUGGCAGCAGCUUCCUUCUGGAUUAAAACCAGCAUCCUCUUUUCAUGAGUUGCAUGUCAUCUGCAGGGGGGAAAAGAAAGAUGUGACUUUUGUGAAAAGCGCUUGUUAACCUCUGAAUGUUUCAGCACUUUAGCACUUCCUCUUGAGUUGAUCUGAGUCACAAUGACCAUCUGAAAUGUUGCAGUUCCAUCCAUUGAAACUAUAGAUCUAUGGAAACUGCCUAAACUUAGAAGUGACUUUAUGCAAAUACAUGAUGUUUGAAUGAAAUGGGACCUAGCUUAUGUCUUUUCCAGGUUUGACUGUAUAUUCUUUAAGGUUAUUAUAAUGAUUAAAUGCUGUUUAAUUUUAACAACACAAUAAACUUUUGUUUCUCUAUUUGUAAUAAAAAAUAAAAAUAUUUGAAAAGA